AUGAAUUGCCAAAAAUUCUGCAUGGUGGUAUUGCUUUGGGAGUGCAUUUAUGCAAAAACUGCAUUUAAUAUGUUAUAUCCAAUUACUUUCUGGAGAUUGAAGAUGUCUUGCAUGCCACCAAAUGCAACUUAUGACUUCCCCUUGCCUUCUGAUGGAAUGUCAAAGAACACUUCAUAUUUAAGUGGAAAUUACAAACCAGUUGUUGAAGCUAAUGUUAAUUCCAGUGCUACCUACUUUCCUAACUUAUCUUCGAAAACAAUUUCCCAUUGUUGUUUUUGGAAUGAGAAGUAUAACAAUUGCUCUAAACAUGCCGAUACGGAGACAUUUUCUUCAAUUUUAAAAUUUGUAUCUUUUCCACAAAUAGGUGUAAACUGGAACAUACAGUACUUGAUGAAAAGGGACUUGGAAUUAUACAUAUGUUAUAUGGGGUCACGUAAUCUUUUCAAGAUAGAUGACCUUGCUGUCCAUGCUUUAUAUGUUCUAUCGGAAACAUCAGAAGUUUUAUCUCUACCCCCACGAAAAAGCAGUUUUACGACUGUUCAGUGCAUCUGUGGUAUUCAUCGAUGUUGUGAUUGCCAUAUACCUGUGUCAACAUCCAAUCUCCACUCUACGUAUCUUAUGCUUUUGGAAAUCACCACUGGUGAAGUUAUUUUUCAAUCACCUCCAUUUUCAGUUCAACCUAUAAAUAACAUUAAGCCUGAUCCACCUUCAGAUGUACAUAUGGAAAUCACAGACAGUGGUAACUUAAACAUUUCUUGGGCUAGCCCAACAUCAGUACCAUUUCAACUUAAAUAUCAAGUGGCAUAUUUAGAAUAUACUACAACAAAUGUGAAAGAAAUUACUGAGACGGUCGUAUCUACAUUCUUGGAAGUAGAAAAUGUGCGUCCUAGCACCGUAUAUGAGAUCCAGCUUCGGGCUAAGAGACUGCGUGGCCCAGGAGUCUGGAGUGACUGGACCGCCAUUAAUAUGUUUAUCACACCAGGCGUUAUAUACUUCCCACUUAGAAUUCUGACAAGUGUUGGAUCUAAUGCUUCUUUUCACUGCAUCUAUAGACAUGACGGCAGGACUGUUUCUUCUAAAGAUAUUGUCUGGUCGAAGAAUUUGGCUCAGGAUAUUCCUGAAAGACAGUACAGCAUGAUCAGUAAUCAUAUUAGUAAAGUUACUCUUUACAAUUUGAAUGCAACAAAACGUCAAGGAUGGUUCGACUUUGAUGCAUUGUACUGCUGUAGGACACAAUUGAGCACACACUCUUGUCCUGACUCCCCAACAAUUCAUCCCAUAUCUGAACCCAAAGAUUGCCAUUUGCAGAGUGAUGGAUAUUAUGAAUGCAUAUUUCAGCCAUUCUCUCUAUCAUCUAGCUAUACAAUGUGGAUUAAUGUCAAUCACUCUUUAGGUUCACUUGACUCACCACCAACAUGUUUUGUUCCUCAGUCUAUGGCUAAACCACAGCCUCCAACCAGUGUGAAAGCUGAAAUUACUACUCACUUUGGAUUAUUGAAUAUAUCCUGGGAAAAUCCUGGCUUUCCGAGGAAUACAUUUCAAUGCCAGAUUCGCUAUGGUUUAAAUGAAAAAGAAAUACAGUGGAAGGUGGUUGAGGUGAAUGAUACAAAAUCAAAGUCGGCCAGUCUUGUGGUGUCACACCUGUGUGCAGCCUAUGUUGUCCAGGUGCGCUGUAAGAGACUAGACGGAAUAGGAGAUUGGAGCAGGUGGAGUCCUACUGCCUAUACAGUUGUAAAAGACUUAAAAGUUCCUACCAGGAUACCUGAAUUUUGGAGAAUAGUUAAUGAAGAGGCUGCUAAAGCAGAGAGAAAUUCCACUUUAUUUUGGAAUACAGUCCAGCUUUUAGGGGAUUUUCUUUUGAAUAGAAAAGCAAGUUCUCCAUAUAAUUUUUCUUUAAACUCUCAAUAA